CCAUGCCAUUAACAAAAGAGACUGAUUAUUACAAGAAUGCUUGCAAAUGCAAGAUCUCCAUUAACUAAUUUUUGUUUCAGUCUUUCAUCCAUGGCUGGAUCUGUAAAAGGUGAUGUUCUUGGGACGAAGAGCUUCGAUCAAAGCAAGGAACUUCAAGGAAAGGAAUCAGCUGAUUCUAAAGGGUUGGGAAAGCUUUCAGAAAAGAUUGUACCCCACAUUCUUAAUAUAUAUGGUUCGUGUGCUACUGCUUGUGAUUUUGAGAUUUAUGCCCCAAAUGCAAUAUUUGAAGACCCACUUUCAUGUGCUCAAGGGGUGAAGCAAAUCAAAUCUGCUUUCUAUUCACUUUCAAAGGUCUUCAGCGAAUCCGCAAUUGUUGAGUACAGCAUCCAGGAAAAUGCAGCAACCGAAAGGAAUGGGGAGAUAUUGAUGGAUAACAAGCAGCAUUAUAAAUUCAUGGGGAAGAAUGUGGAAGUAAUUUCUCUCAUCAAGCUCCGGAUCAAGGAUGGGAAGGUUGUUUGCCACGAGGACUGGUGGAACAAGAAACCAUUGUGGAAUAGGGAAACAGUGGGCUUUCCACUGGUUGGGCGCCUUGCAGAGAUGAUGCGGAAGAGUGCCAUGCUUGGAAUCCAUGUGAUGAUGGGUUUUGGGAAGGAUCCUUGAUUUCCACGUUGAUUGUAUAUCACAUCUUAUGUUACUAGAAGAUUAAAUAGGAGUUUGAAUUUAGAAGUCUUCUUUAUGAAUUUUUUUUCUUCAUGAACAUAAAUCCUCAUUAUCUCUAAGGGCAGUCUACUCUCAAUGUCUAAUGGCACGUUUGGUAGGUAUGGAAGGCAUGGAAUUUUUUUCAUACGAAACAUUUUCAUGU